ACGCACGCACUCAUCUCUCUCUCUCUACGAAGUUUCCUGGAAACUCACUAUGCCUUUUUCUUCUCUUCUCUCCCAUUUAAACCUCUCUUCUUCCUCUCCGAAUCUACUCACCUUCCUAUCUCUUUCCCCUUCUCGAUCACAAUCUCUCUACAAUGAAGCUCAUCAGAACCAUCUCCAAUCCCGGGAAGCUCUUCAGAUCCUUAAAGUCUCGAUCCGGAUCCGGAUCUGAUGGCCCGUCCUCGUCCUCUUCGGAUUCCGACUCUCAGACCGGAUACAAAAAGACCGGCGGCCUGACCACGCCUACCAGCGUGCUUCCUGCGGUCCCCGACGAGAUCUCCUCCGGCGAUUGGCCCGGCAUUUCCGCCGGGGUGUACUCCGACCUGGUUCAGGCGUUCAAGCUGAUUGACAGAGACGACGAUGGGAAGAUCGGGGGAGAGGAACUGGCGGCCCUUCUGCGCCGCGUGGGAGCCGAUCCGCCGAGCGAGGAGGAGCUGAGGAUGAUGUUGACCGACGUUGACCGGGACGGCGACGGCUUCAUCACCCUCGAGGACUUCUGCGCGCUCAGCUCGGCAUUUGCGCCGCCAUCCUGUGACUCUGAGCUGCGAGACGCGUUCGAUUUCUUCGAUGCGGAUCACGACGGGAAGAUCACGGCCGAGGAGCUGUUCAGCGUUUUCCGAACGAUCGGCGACGCCGUGUGCACGAUCGAGGACUGUCGGCGCAUGAUAACGGGAGUUGAUAAGAACGGGGACGGGUUCGUGUGCUUCGAGGACUUCAGCCGCAUGAUGGAGCUGCAGAGAUGAUGUGUGGAUAUAGUUUUGUAUUGUCAUCAUCAUCAACAAGCUGGUCUUUUGAUUGGGUUGUAAAUGGGGUUUUUCUUUUGUUUUCGGAUCUUAUAUGGGCCUGUACUCGGGUUUUGACUUUUUGGCGGAUUAUGUAGAAAUCGGAUCUUGAAAUCAAAGGAUCCCAAGUGGAAUCAAAAUCUGCCGUCCCUCAGUGCACGAUUAAUAUCACAUUUAUAUUUUUUUCUUUGUAUGUUUUACGGGAGUAUUAAUUAUUUAAUAUAAUAAAAUGUACUUA